CCCGGAGGUCUGGAGCGCAGAAAGCUGAGCGCGCCAGUAUCUCCUUGGCGAGCCGAUCCAGCAGCUUCUCGUGCGCCCUGCGAGCACAGGCUCCAGAUUUCAUUUUGUGAUGGAGUCUGUGCAACCUGCAAAUCACUAUGAAGCUGAGAAUGAUUUUGAACUUCUAAUCCAUCUGCACCCACUUCCCAGGAGCUGGAAUUGUAGACUGUCGGAAGAGCCUGCUGGGACAUGUCAUCGUCGCUGGAUGCCUGGUGCUCGAUAGACAAUUGGCAGCACAAUAACCCCUCUGAGCAAAUACAGGAUGUCACCAGGAAUCAGAGCCUCGACAGAUUCAGACUUCCUGCGAUUCUAAAUGCUCUGUCCUGUGCAGUGAUAUCUUGUCCCUCUGAUAAACUGGCAUCUCAUCUGGCCACAGCAGGACACUGGAGGAAACAUCAUUGGCGUCCAAGGCCUAGAAGAUUGCCCCACCACACCAGGAAGCCACUGACUGUUCUUUGAAAUGCUGAGAAACUUGUUUCGGAGGAGACUUUUUUCUUAUCCUACAAAAUACUACUUUAUGUUUCUUGUCCUCUCUCUAAUUACCUUCUCUGUUUUAAGGAUUCAUCAGAAGCCUGAAUUUGUUAGUGUCAGACAUCUGGAGCUUACCGGAGAUGAUCCUAAGAGCAAUAUUAAUUGCACCAAAGUUUUACAGGGUGACCCAGAAGAAAUCCAGAAGGUGAAGCUUGAGAUUUUAACAGUGCAAUUCAAGAAGCGCCGGACGAGGACACCGCAUGACUAUAUAAACAUGACCCGUGAUUGUGCCUCUUUCAUCAGGACACGCAAAUAUAUUGUGGAGCCCCUUACUAAAGAAGAGGUAGGCUUUCCAAUUGCAUAUUCCAUAGUGGUUCAUCAUAAGAUUGAAAUGCUUGACAGGCUCCUGAGAGCCAUCUAUAUGCCUCAGAAUUUCUACUGCAUUCACGUGGACAAAAAAGCAGAGGAAUCCUUUUUAGACGCGGUGCGGGGCAUUGCAUCCUGCUUUGAUAAUGUCUUCGUGGCCAGCCGGUUGGAGAGUGUUGUUUAUGCAUCCUGGAGUCGGGUUCAGGCUGACCUCAACUGCAUGAAGGACCUGUACAGAAUGAGUGCAAGCUGGAAGUACUUGAUCAAUCUUUGUGGUAUGGAUUUCCCUAUUAAAACCAACUUGGAAAUUGUCAGGAAGCUCAAGUCCUUCAUAGGGGAGAACAACCUGGAAACUGAGAAGAUGCCUUCCAACAAGGAAGAGAGAUGGAAAAAAAGAUACGUCAUCAUUGAUGGGAAGCUGACAAACACUGGAGUAGGCAAAGCACAGCCUCCGCUCAAAACUCCUCUCUUUUCAGGCAGCGCCUACUUCGUGGUCAGUAGGGAAUAUGUAGGCUAUGUGCUGGAAAAUGAAAAUAUUCAAAAGUUCAUGGAGUGGGCACAGGACACAUAUAGCCCAGAUGAGUUCCUCUGGGCCACCAUCCAAAGGAUCCCCAAAGUCCCUGGCUCUCGCCCCUCAAGCCAGAAGUAUGACUUGUCUGACAUGAACGCUGUUGCUAGGUUUGUCAAGUGGCAGUACUUCGAAGGUGAUGUUUCCAACGGCGCGCCUUAUCCACCAUGCAGUGGUACCCACGUGCGCUCCGUGUGCGUGUUUGGAGCUGGUGACUUGAGCUGGAUGCUGCACAAACACCACUUUUUUGCCAAUAAGUUUGACAUGGAUGUCGACCCCUUUGCCAUCCAGUGUUUGGAUGAACAUCUGAGGCAUAAAGCCUUGGAGACCUUAGAACACUAAGCGCUGUUGGCAGCCCUGGGGAAGACAAGGAUGCACAAACUGUACCUUCAUCUGCUUCCCCUCUCUCCUAUGGGGUCCUCCUUGGGGUGAUGACUUUGAAGUCUUCCUGUCGGGGAAGCUGCAUGAAUCCUACAGAAUAUAGUUACAAGAGAGGUUGAUACAUCAAGUGUUCUAGAGGAAAUGUGAGGACCGAGUUAGGAUGGCUGGAGGCUGGGAAGAUUUUAUGCACAGAGGGGACCCAGGUGAUUGGAAAAAGAGACCAAUGAAAAACAUCAGCCUCGAGACCUAAUCAAAGAACCCAGGUACUUAAUCUAAGUGAGAUUUGAUUUAUGCCAAAAGCCUCUUGAGAAUUUUAAACAUGCGAUAAUUUUCUUGACAUGAAUAAAUUUGUAGCAUCAACCAAUCACAAAGAUAUGAUUUAUCUUGUAUGUUUCUUUUUUUUUUUUUUUUGGAAUAGACAUUUGAUUUUACUCUAAGUUAUCCUUGUAAAUAAUUUCCUUCCUGUUGUGAUUUUGGGUAGUGAGUCUCCACACAUCAUCUCAGGGAGCUUAAGAUAUGUUUGGCAUAAAUAACUCUGUCAUAAUUUUUGCUUAUAACUAUGCAUACAUGUUUUCAAAAGCAAGGGGAAAAAAGGACAGGGUCUAUUUUUUUUUAUUCGAUAUAUUUUUAUUUACAUUUCAAAUGGUUUCCCCUUUUCUGGCCCCCCACUCCUUUAAGGGUGUGUGGCCUGUGCCUGUGUCGCAGGGUGAUUGUUUAAGUUCAAGUGAUAGCGGCCAGGGCAAGAUAACAAGAACUCGUCUCUUUAAAAAGGAGAAGGCAGUCAACUCAGUUUUACAGACCUAUAUUUUUUUCUUUAUCUUGUUUUCCCAGACUGUGCAUACCGUUGAGCUGCACACAUGUCGCUGUCUUAGGACCCUAUAUCUGUAUUUUGGGUCUUCAGUGUGACCCAGUCACCUGUCACUAAUACCGAAAACCAGGGAGGGAGAAGUAAGGCGUCUGAGGGAAGAAGGGAAUCUGCUAAGCCGUUGCUAAGCCCCCAGCACAAGUCUUAGCCACUGGCUCUGGCCCAAGAAAUUAAGGCUUCUGCCUAUUGGAUCCAAUGGUGUUUCGGGUGGUGGCCUUCUCUCCUUGAGUAUUCAUGUUAUCUGCCCACUGGCUUUUCUUAUCCUGCUAGUUGCUAGUUUCUUCCUCUCUUGUGGCCUUGAUGAGAGGGAAAGAAGUGGAGAAGUACACCUGUGUCCACACAAAGUGUUUGAAAAGAGCUGUGGUAUUACAGUGUGUUUUCACCAAACGGUAUAGGCAACCGGUAUAGGGUUUCUUCAGUUCUUUUUUUUUUUUCCUCUAUUUUCUUUUCUUUUCUUUUUUUUGUAUUUUUUAAUUUAUUUUCUAUAUUCUUUGUUUACAUUCUAAAAGCUUUCCCCUUUCCCAGUCCCCCCCAUAUGUCCCAUAAGUCCUCUUAUCUCCAUCCAUUCUUCUAUCUUUCCCCCUCCCUUUUCUCUGUCCUGGUACUCCCCUACAAUGCUGGAUCAAGCCUUUCCAGGAUUAUGGCCCUCUUCUUCCUUCUUCAUGAGAAUCAUUUGAUAUGCUAAUUGUAUCUUCAGUAUUCAGAGUUUCAAGGCUAAUUAAUAUCCACUUAUCAAUGAUUGCAUUCCAUGUGUAUUCUUUUGUGAUUGUGUUACCUCGCUUAGGAUGAUAUUUUCCAGUUCCAUCCAUUUGCUUAAAAAAUUCAUGAAUCCAUUGUUUUUAAUUGCUGAAUAGUACUCCAUUGUGUAUAUAUACCACAUUUUCUGUAUCCAUUCCUCCACUGAGGGAUAUCUGGGUUCUUUCCAGCUUCUGGCUAUUAUAAAUAAGGCUGCUCUGAACAUAGUGGAGCAUGUGUCCUUACUGCAUGCUGGGGAAUCCUCUGGGUAUAUGCCCAGGAGAGGUAUAGCAGGGUCCUCCGGAAGUGUCAUGCUCAGUUUUCUUAGGAACCGCCAGACUGAUUUCCAGAGUGGUUGUACCAUCUUACAGCCCCACCAGCAGUGAAGGAGUGUUCCUCUUUCUCCACAUCCUCGCCAACACCUGCAGUCUCCUGAGUUUUUAACCUUAGCCAUUCUGAUGUGUGAGAUUCAGUUCUAUCUCUCAUCUCCAAUGCGGGGGUGGGGGGUGAUUGUUUGUUUGCUCUUAAUAUUAUUUAGCUAAAUAUUAUUUAGCUAAAUCUCAACUGUUCACCCAGAAUUCCAGUGAAUGUGAAGACUUGCCAUUUAAAUAACAAUCAUUAACCAUGUACCUUUAUUUCUAAAACAUACCCAACUCCAAUAAUUUACAAAAAAUCAUAAUAUCAGACAGUUUUAAGGCAUUCAAUUGAGAAAGUAUGUUUUCUGCCUCAAAACUAUAAACUAUUUUUUUAAUGACGACUCUCAUUAGAAAAACUGAGGAUCAGUAGACAAGCUGGGUUUGUGCUGAACCAAUAGAAACGUGUUUGCCGUGGGCCACCAGCAGUGAUGGAGAUGCAGCAGAUGCCCCGCACUGGCUUCUGAUUUCUCUCUUUAGUUUGCACCCAGGAUUUGUCCAAUGGUUCUUUUUAUAGAAAGGCUUUUAUUUAUGAGAUGGGGCAUCUUUUAAAACCAGCGGCACCUGGCGACAUAUCACUUGUGACUUAAACAGGUUUUUUUUUUUUCUUUUUCCAUAUUGAAAACAAAGGGUUAAAGCAGCAGUCUAGGGACCCAGCUAGCAGCAGCCCCACCCUGGCACCACCAGUGCUCAGCACAUCCAGCCGGGUUCGCUUUAUACUAGAUGAACUCUUGAAUUUUGCAAAACUGGAAAUUAACUUAUUUUAACUACAAGUACUUUUUAAAAAAAAUCAACUAUUUGAUGUUUAUUCAUCUAAACGCUUUUAUUGUAGUGGGGCUCUAUUUCAGUUAAAUGGCAAGUUUGAGGAUUUUUUUUACUUCUUAUUUUUAUUUUUAUUUUUUGCCCCACUAUAGGAGUCAAACUAGGAUUCCAGAAUCCCAGAGCCUUGAGUCAAUGCUGUGAAGCCCUCACACUUUGUGUUACCUCACCCUGUGACAUUGCACUUGUGGGACUAUGUCUGAGGCUGCAGUGUCCCAGUGCCUGACACAGGGCAUGUACAGUGUCUGUUUACCGUGACUCAAUGGAUUUUAUUUUUAGAGUUUUUCAAUAUGACUUAAAGCAAAAGAAAUUCAUACAGUGGGAUAAAUAACUCAGAGAACUACAAAGAGAACUUGGAAAUGAAACCUUUAGACACUCCAGAAGAGUAGAAUUCCAGUUCAUUUGGAGAGAUGCAGGCUUUGUUUACGUCGAGGUCAUGUUUGUUAGUAAACACUAAUUUUAAUGCUGUCAUUAAGGUCUUUUAUAGAAAAUUUUUAGUAAUCACAUUCACAAAUAAAAUGGGAUUCUAGUUCUUAAGUCAAUGAAGAUUAUAUGUAUCAUUUGUUAGAAAUAAGUUAAUUUAAUAAGAUUAUUUUAUAGACAAUUGCCAAGGUUGUUUCAAAGCCAAGGCUUAAAAUACAAGACAAAACAAAACAAAACAAAAAAAAAAAACAGUUUCACCUUAAAACCUGGGAACAUUAUUAUUUCUAAACAUUUGUUUGUGUCCUUUAUCUAGUAGAGUUCAUUUAAGUGGCUUUAUUUCCUCUUCCCAUGAUCCUGGUUGGUAGAGGCCGUGUAGGGUAGAUGGAACUGGAUAUCUUCAGUUGCUUAAAUAAUCAUUGUCAUGAAGUAUAAAAUGCAAAACUAUUUAUGUUUUUGAAUAAAUCAUUCAUAUCACCAAUAAAAUCCAUCAUUGAGAAACCAA